UGAGAGCCUGCUUGCGUGUCUUUGCUGCUGUUCGUUCGGGGAGGCUGAGCUCCGCUGGUACCGAAGCCUAGCCACGACGAGAGUCCGAGGAGGGCCUCGCAAACCCGAGCCUCUGCAGAGUAAGAGGAUGGCCUACUUCUCCUGCGAGGACGAGGCCAUGCUGCAGGCGAUGCUGAGGCAGUUGUUCCAGAGCGUGAAGGAGAAAAUCACGGGCGCGCCCUCCCCGGAGUGCGCCCAGAAAAUCCUCUUACGUCUGGAGGAAACUGAUGAAAAUUUUCACAACUAUGAAUUUGUGAAAUACCUUAGACAGCACAUAUGCAACACUUUGGGAUCUAUUAUUGAAGAAGAAAUGGAAAAAUGCAUAUCUGAUCAGAAUCAGAGUGAGGAAUCWGGCUAUGACACUCUUGUACAGCAUGUUGCUAGAAAAAUUCACUACUCUAAAGAGUAUAAAGAAAUCAUGUGUUCCCUGAAUAAUGUUAUGAUGGUAGUGGUGGAGUCUAUGAUUAACAAGUUUGAAGAAGAUGAAAUACGAAGUCAGGAGAGGCAGAAAAAAGUCCAAGUGGAGAAGAGCAGUAGUUACUGCACAGAUAAUUGUUCUGAUAGUGAUUCAUCAUUCAAUCAGAGUUACAAAUUUUGUCAAGGAAAAUUACAAUUGAUUUUAGACCAGCUGGAUCCUGGGCAACCCAAAGAGGUGAAAUAUGAUGCCUUACAAACAUUAUGUUCAGCUCCUCCAUCUGAUGUCCUGAACUGUGAAAAUUGGACUACUCUCUGUGAAAAAUUGACAUUGUGUCUUUCAGAUCCUGAUCCUGUGUUUAGUGACCGGAUUUUAAAAUUCUAUACACAGACAUUUACACUUUCACCGUUGUAUAUGACCAAGGAAAUUUAUACAAACUUAGCAAAAUAUUUGGAGUUAUAUUUUCUUUCUAGAGAAAAUCAUAUUCCUACUCUUUCAACUGGUGUAGAUAUAACUAAUUAUAAUGUGAUCUGCUUACUCAAAAAGGUUCGACUUCUAAAUGAGUAUCAGAAGGAGGUUCCAUCUUUCUGGAUUCGUCAUCCAGAGAAGUAUAUGGAAGAAAUUGUGGAGAGUACUUUGUCCUUGUUGUCAGUUAAACAUGAUCAAAGUCAUCUUGUAUCACAAAAGAUUUUGGAUCCAAUCUACUUUUUUGCAUUAGUUGAUACUAAGGCUGUGUGGUUCAAAAAGUGGAUGCAUGCAUAUUAUAGCAGAGAUGUGGUACUGAGGCUUCUUGAAAAGAAAUAUAAGUCUUUGAUAACCACAGCAGUUCAGCAGUGUGUUCAGUACUUGGAAUUAUGUGAGACCAUGAAAACUGAUGAAAUUUUGGAACAUUCAAAGCAUUGUGGGAACAAACAGAAAAUUGUCUACUACUCAGGACAAGAAUUACAAUAUAUUUAUUUCAUUCACUCAUUAUGCAUUUUAGGAAGAUUAUUGAUCUAUAAACAAGGCAGAAAACUCUUUCCCAUGAAGCUAGAGGAUAAAAAAGAUUCAGUAUCCCUUACAGAUCUGCUGGUUCUAUUUACCCAACUUAUCUAUUAUUCACCAAGUUGUCCAAAGAUGACAUCAUCUCCACACUCAGAGAAUUAUUCUCCUGCAAGUAUGGUGACUGAAGUUCUACGGAUACUCUGUGAUCAAAAAGAAUGUGCAAUUGAAUGCUUAUAUAACAAUACUGUGGUAGAGACACUUCUCCAGCCUGUUCAUAAUUUAAUGAAGGGAACUGAGACGGCUCCAAAUUGUUCUGAAACAGCUUUAAUUCAUAUAGCUGAUAUCUUGGCCAGAAUUGCUGCUGUAGAAGAAGGACUUAUUUUACUUCUUUAUGGAGAAAACAUGAAUUGUUCUGAGGAAGAAAGUCUUACAGGUGCUCAUAUAAUUGCCCAGUUUUCGAAGAAACUUCUUGAUGAGGAUAUUUCUAUUUUUUCUGGAUCAGAAUUGUUACCUGUGGUAAAAGGAGCUUUUAUUUCUGUAUGUCGUCAAAUAUAUGGUACAUGUGAAGGCUUACAGGUGUUACUGCCUUAUAGUUUGCAUGAAUCUAUAGCGAAAGCAUGGAAGAAGACAAGUUUGAUGUCAGAAAGAGUUCCUACUCCAGUAGAGGGUUCUGAUUCUGUUUCUUCAGUAAGCCAGGAAUCCCAAAACAUUAUGGCUUGGGAAGAUAAUUUGUUAGAUGAUUUAUUAAAUUUUGCUGCCACUCCCAAAGGAUUACUACUUCUUCAAAGAACAGGUGCCAUCAAUGAAUGUGUGAUAUUUAUGUUCAACGGAUAUGCAAAAAAACUACAGAUAAGWAGGCAGAAAAAGUUUGGCUAUGGAGUUUUGGUUACACAAGUGGCAUCAACAGCAGCAGGUGCAGUAGCACUACAAAAUUCAGGGUUUAUUAGUGCACUUAUAACUGAAUUAUGGUCCACUCUGGAAUGUGGAAGUGAUGAUGUUAGGGUAACCCAUCCCAGAUCUACGCCAGUGGAUCCUAUUGACCGAAGCUGUCAAAAGUCUUUCCUAGCACUGGUAAACUUGUUAUCCUAUCCUGCUGUAUAUGAGCUCAUAGGCAAUCAAGAGCUUCCCAACAAAGUGGAAUAUUCUCUUCGUGAAGUCCCAACAUGUGUAAUUGAUAUAAUUGAUAGACUUAUCAUUUUGAAUUCUGAAGCUAAGAUUCGUUCAUUAUUCAACUAUGAACAAUCACAUAUCUUUGGUCUCAGGUUAUUAAGUGUGGUAUGCUGUGAUCUGGACACUCUUCUCCUGUUAGAGGCUCAGUAUCAAGUAUCCAGAAUGUUACUACAUGCUCAAGAAGAAAAUAUCUUAGAGAUUUCCGAGAACCACAGAGGCUUUAUAAUUGAUGGCUUAUCAGUAGAAAGAAACCAUAUUCUUGUAAGAAUAAAUCUUGUUGGUGGGUCAUCGGAACGGAUUUUGCCUCCAAGGAUACUGGAGAAGGGAGAUGAUCCAUAUCCUUGGCCAAUGUUUUCAUCAUACCCUUUGCCACCCUGCUAUCUGCCAGAAGUUACAAGAAAUGCUGAUAUAAAACAAGACAAUGAUCUUGGCAAGCUAUUAUUACUCUUCAAAAUGUCUGAUGAACAAACUGAGUGGAUAGAAAAUUGCCAAAAACAAUUUUGCAAAAUGAUGAAGGCCAAACCUGAUGUAAUCAGUGGAAGUGCUUUAGUAGAAUUACUUGAAACUUUUGUGCUUCAUCUCACUGAAAAUCCAUCUGAAUGUUACUUCCCCUCAGUGGAAUAUACAGCUACUGAUGCAAAUGUGAAGAAUGAAAGUCUUUCAUCUGUGCAGCAGCUUGGUAUUACAAUGACUGUCAGGUAUGGUAAGUUCCUCAACUUAUUAAAAGAUGGUGCAGAAAAUGAUCUUGCCUUGGUUUUAAAGCACUGUGAGAGAUUCCUGAAACAGCAGCAAGCUCCUGUAAAAUCUUCUCUUCUCUGCCUGCAAGGCAAUUAUGCUGGCCAUGAUUGGUUUGUAUCUUCUCUGUUCAUGAUAAUGUUGGGGGAUAAAGAGAAAACAUUACAGUUUCUUCAGCAGUUCUCCAAGCUUCUGACCUCUGCUUUCCUUUGGUUGCCAAGACUACAUAUUUCUAAGUAUCUACCUAUUGACACCAUAGAAUCUGGCAUCCAUCCAAUAUAUUUUUGCAGCACUCACUAUGUUGAAAUGUUACUGAAGGCUGAGGUGCCCCUGGUGUGUUCAGCUUUUCACAUGUCUGGUUUUGCACCAUCACAGAUUUGCCUGCAAUGGAUAAACCAGUGUUUUUGGAAUUAUUUAGAUUGGAUAGAAAUAUGCCACUACAUUGCUACCUGUAUUUUCCUUGGUCCUGAUUAUCAAGUGUAUAUCUGUAUUGCUAUAUUUAAACAUCUACAACAAGACAUUCUACAGCACACUCAGACUCAAGAUCUGCAAAUUUUCCUAAAAGAAGAAGCACUGCAUGGGUUUCGAGUGAGUGAUUAUUUUGAAUACAUGGAAAAUUUGGAGCAAAACUACAGACCAGUUGUGCUGAGAAACAUGCAAAACAUUAAAGUGCAGAGCACAUAGAUCAUGAUAUGCACUGUAUAAUUUUAUGUUUUGUUCAUGUUUUAAAGGAAACAAGGGGACUUGACUGUUUGCUGUCUGUAUCUGUACCAGCGUAUGCUCUGUGAAUACACACAUUGUAAAU